AUGACUUGGCCGAAGAAUGGGCAACGCGGCGCGGGAUGCAAACGCUCACUUGCGCCAUGGGCCGGCCCUCUGAUGAACUGGACCCAUCCAAAGUGCAGGAGAAUCUACAAAUCGGGCGUACAAUGGACCAGAUACAUGAAGGGUGUUUCCGCGAUCUUCGCCUGGAAAAUUGCCCAGGGAGAUAUCACCACGCUUUUGGCACCUCCGCCGCCCGUUCGCUUUCACCCGUCGGGGCUGACGAACUAUCAAGAUAUCGAAGAACCAAUUCUCAAAGGGGCAGUUCAUGGCAUUGCUGUUGGCAAGAUUGUCGUGAUACAUCCAGAGGUUGAUGGAGCUGAGGAUAUGGAGUAUGAAUAUUGGCCCAAGGACCAUGUGGCUAAGUGGUACGCGAAGUAUGGUUCCAAGAAGCAUGGGACUACGAGAUGGAGAAAGAUAAGUUAUAAGAGACGUAAGCUAAUGUUCGGAUACAUCUGA